AUGGUAACUUCACAAAAAAUGAAAAAUUCAGUAGAUGGUACUGAUGGAAUUAAAGUUGGGAAAUCGAAAUUAUUAAUGUUAAAAAGAUCAUCAAAUAAGAGUAAAAAUAAUAGUAAUGAUCCUUUCCGUUUUCAAGGUAAUGGUGUUGAUUUUAAAGCAAAAUUUAUUGGUGUUCGUGAUGUUUCUGCAAAUAAAAGUGAUGAAGUAUGUGCUGAAGCAAUGAAAUUUGCCAAACUUUCUGCUAAAACUGCUGGAGGACAUAAACUUAGAAUUAUUCUUAAUAUUUCAAUUGAUGGUCUUAAGAUAAAAGAUGAAAAAACAGGAACUGUUUUGUAUGAUUUUCCUGUUUCUAAAAUUUCAUUUAUUGCACGUGAUACAACUGAUGCAAGAGCUUUUGGUUUUAUUUAUACAUCUGAUACUCAAUAUAAAUAUUAUGGUAUCAAAACUGCUCAAACUGCUGAUCAUGCGGUUAUUUCAAUUCGUGAUAUGUUUCAUGUUGUUUAUGAAAUGAAGAAAAAAAAAUUAGAGGAAGCUAAACAAAAAAAAGAAGAAGAUAAUAUUCAUGAUUCAAGUGUAAGAUAUGAAAAUGGUGUUGCUGUUGCUGAUUUAAUUGAUCUUGAAACUGAAUUACAAAAUAUUCAACAAGGUUUUGAUCAAUUAAAUAAUAUUCCAACUAUGCCUGAAGAUAGUUGGCCAAAUAAUGAAUUUAAUGAUAAUGAUCCAUUUUCAUCAGGCAACUCAUUUAAUAAUCAAUCAAAACAUAAUGUUGCAAAUGAUCCAUUUGGUGAUUCAUUCAAUCCCCUCCCACCACCACAACAGCAACAACAACAACAACAACCAACACUUCAAAAUAAUACAUUAAAUAUAUCAUCUCAGGGAAAUGGAAUAAACAAUUGGGCUUCUUUCCCAACUUCAACACCAAUACCAAAUAUUCAACAACAAAACAAUCCUUUUUCAGAUGUUUCUAUUUAUAAUUCAGGAACAUUCCCAACACCACUAAUUGGAUCCGGAAUGAAUACUAGUUUACCAUUAACAUCUCAACUACCAACAAAUGUAUUUAAUCCAUUUGAUAUUAAUAAUCAAAUGCAACAAAAUAAAUUCGUUGAUAUUAUCCAGCAAAAUAGUUGCUAUUCAACAUCCUUUUCAGAUACAUCCUCAUUAACAGCAUCCUCUCCACCAAAUCAAAAUAAUGGAUUUAGUAAUGAAACAUCAAUUAAUUGGGGAAAUUCAUCACCAACCAAUCAAUCAAAUGAAAAUAAAGCACCAAAAAAACAAAGUUCAUCCAGUGAUAGUUUGAAUGAUAAUUUUGAUAGUCGCAAGUGGGGUGAAACACGCAAAGUUACAUCUUUAGAAGAAGCAUUUUCUAAACUUGUUGACUUAGACAAACUUAUAAAUCCAGAAGCAACUAAUGAAAUUAAAAAAAAUCCAUUUGAUCAUAUAUUAAAUCCACCAAAAGUACCAUUAAAUGCUAUGUCUAUACCACCUCGUCCAAAAAAUCAACAAUUUAUUUUACCAAGAGCUGCUAAUGACCCUUUUUCUGAUGAUUUCUUUCACUAA